AUGCAGCUCUGCCGCAGGAUUCACUCUCGGUUGUCGUCGGAUCAGAAGGCCGGAGCGAGUCAGAUCAGAGAGGCUGGACUCGUGAGGAAAUGCUCGUACAGAGUCCUGCUUGAUGUCUUGUCCAGCCCGAAGGCUUUAUCUGGCGACGUGACCAAGUGCCUCUGUGAGCGGGGCCAGAGCGGGUCCGGCGAGCGUAGUCAUGGUAACGGUGCUGGAGGCGUGACCUCUGACCUCCAGGCGGCACACAGCUCUGAUGACCAGCAGGAGGAGCCGCAGCGUCUCUCUCUCGAUGCAGCAGCUCAGAAUCUGAGACGUGUGACGGACGCCAGCGUUCCUGUGAUCCUCAACAUCAUCGGUCUGGAGAGCGUGAGAGCCGGUGACUUCGAGACGGCCUUCUCUUGUUUUCUGGCCUCGGCGGAGCAGGACUACAGUAAAGCUCAGUUUAAUCUGGGAGUGUGUUACGAGCGAGGACGAGGAGUGCAGGCCGACCUCAGCAAGGCGGUGCAUUAUUACCGUCUCGCUGCGGUCUCUGGGCACCGUCUGGCUCAGUACCGCUGCGCUAAACUCCUCCUGAGCAGCAGAGGGCAGCAGAGCUCAGAGACGGACGCAGCGGCGGCGCUCAGCUUCCUGCAGACGGCCGCCGCGCCGGACUCACGCGCAGCUCAGGUGUUUCUGGGUGUAGUGUUGUCUCAGCGCUCAGACUGUGAUCAGGAGAAGUGUGUGUGUUAUUUCCGGAUGGCGGCUGAGAGCGGGGACUCUGCCGCUCUGCUGUGUCUGGCUCAGUGUUACGAGACGGGUUUCGGUGUUUCUCCGUGUCUCCAGACCGCUCUGAGUCUCUACCAUCAGGCAGCGUCCGGCGGGAACCAGCAGGCCAGGGACAGACUGAGAGACAGACACAGCCCGGACGUGCUGCGCUCGAUCCGAUCGGCUCCUUGCUUCUCUGUGAUUGGUCGGCUGAAUCUGGACUCCAUGUUUCCUCGAGAGAGCCAGGGUGAGAAGCCCGGCCCACAGCAGCAAUGCGGCCAAUCGCAGCCCCUUCCUCAUUCCUGGAGCACAGGAAGUUUGAGCGUGCUGUCCUCGGUCACGGUUCAGCUCGGAGCCGACGGCGGUCACAAGCUCUGGACGCCCGGGGUGCGAUAAAGUCGUCUCUCGUCUCAUCUGUGUAUCUUUGAAGCAGUUUAUCUGACAGAUACGAGCGCACGCACAAGCUUACAAGCCUUAGGAAGAGCCAGGUCUGACCGGUGAAUGUUCUCAGCCAAUCAGAGCGCGGCCGGAGAGUUCCGAGCUCUGCGAUUGGCUGAUUAAGACGCGAUUGAUUAUUCGUGAGCUUAAGUUUCAGCCGCUUUAAAUGUAUUUAUCAAGAGUGUUUGGUUUGGUACAGACGUGUGUGUUUGGUGGUGGAGAGAACGUGCAGAAAGAGUAAGAGUAAGCUCAUCUUUAUAUUUCUCUGUGUUUGGUCACACGCUGUCAUCUUCUUGUGUUCUGUGUUACUCAGACAUUGUUUACAUGAUUGUUUUAAAACAUUAAGCUCGCAUUUUCAUCCAGAAGCAGAAUUAUUGCUUAUCAAGAGUUAACAAAAAAGCCGUUUCACUGUUAAAUGCAUCGCAUGAGCCAAAGGUUUCAUUAACAUGUGCCUUAAUCAGAAUUUUAUUAUGACCCUCGAUAUCAGAGCCAACGUAGUUUUUUGUAUGUUAAGCGUUAUCAUGUUUGUUUAAUGUCAUAUGAUGAUAAAGCAUUGUCUAAACUACAAUAAAGACUUUAAUUUUG